GAGCGGGGAUGUUUCUUUUUUUUUUUAUUUACACUAACUUUGCAAAAUCUGUCAAUAUGCGUCUGUCAACCUGUCAAUAUCUGUCAGUAUGUCAAGGCAUGUCAAACUACCUCUAAGGUACCUGACGGGCCACAAGUCUUUCUCAUGCAGACAAUGUCUCAGGUUGGAAAAUGCAGUUCUUAGUUUUACAAAAUGUCUUUCUCCUAGAUUGCAACACAUGGGUACUCAUUCCCAGCAAGAGAAAAAAGGGGACUCCUAUCGUCUUGAAACCUCAAGUGCAAAGUCCAUGAUGGAUAUUGGAACAAGGCAGAUUUUCUCUGAGGAACACGACCUCUUCCGUAAGAGUGUGCGCAGGUUCUUUGAGGAGGAGGUGAUGCCACACCAUAAAGAGUGGGAAAAAGCGGGCCAGGUAAGCAGAGAGGUGUGGGAAAAGGCAGGAGAGUAUGGUCUCUUGGGAGUGUUCACACCUGAGGAACACGGAGGCCUUGGAGCGGAUCUGCACUCUGCUGCUGUGGUUUGGGAGGAACAGAUGUACUCAAACUGUUCAGGACCUGGAUUCUCUCUCCACUCUGACAUCGUGAUCCCAUACAUCAGUCACUAUGGCAGCCAAACUCAAAUUGAGCGAUUCAUCCCCCUUAUGGUUGCCGGGAAAUCUAUUGGAGCCAUUGCCAUGACCGAACCAGGAGCGGGCAGUGAUCUGCAGGGUGUGCGAACCAACGCCAAGAAAGAUGGCAGUGACUGGAUCCUUAAUGGAAACAAGGUCUUCAUUACCAAUGGAUGGAUGAGUGACCUGGUGAUUGUGGUUGCUGUGACCAAUCGCGAGGCCCGUACAGCAGCUCAUGGAAUCAGCCUUUUCCUGGUGGAGGAUGGGAUGAAGGGCUUUCAGAAGGGGCGCAAGCUGGAGAAAAUUGGCCUGAAAGCUCAGGACACUGCAGAGCUGUUCUUUGAGGACGUACGUCUACCAGCGGAUGCACUCCUAGGGGAAGUCAACCGAGGGUUCUACUACCUCAUGAAUGAACUGCCACAGGAACGCUUGCUGAUCGCUGUUAUGGCUAUUGCCAGUUGUGAGUUCAUGUUUGAGGAGACCAGAAACUACGUCACGCAAAGGAAAGCAUUCGGCAAAACCAUUGCACAUCUCCAGACUGUUCAACACAAGCUGGCAGAGCUUAAGACUGAGAUCUGUGUAAGCAGAGCGUUUGUGGAUAGCUGCCUCCAGCUCCACGCAUCCAAACGACUAGACUCCUCCACUGCAUCUAUGGCUAAAUACUGGGCCUCUGACCUGCAGAAUAAAGUGGCCACUCAGUGUCUGCAACUGCAUGGUGGAUGGGGGUACAUGUGGGAGUUUCCAAUCGCAAAAGCGUUUGUUGACGCCCGUAUUCAGCCCAUCUAUGGAGGAACUAAUGAAAUCAUGAAGGAGCUGAUUGCCCGAACCAUUGUGGGACCAAACUAGAGAUGGAUGGUGGUCACCCUCUGCAGUGCACUACUCAUAAAUGUGUUCAUGUGGUCUCCCUCUGCAGUGCACUACUCAUAAAUGUGUUCAUGUGUUCAUAUGAAUGUGUUUCUGCUCUGGACGUAAUGUGUUCAUGUGUUCAUAUGAAUGUAUCUCUGCUCUGGACGUAAUGUGUUCAUGUGUUCAUAUGAAUGUAUCUCUGCUCUGGACGUAAUGUGUUCAUGUGUUCAUAUUAGUGCUGUCAAACGAUUAAAAUAUUUAAUCGCGAUUAAUCGCAUUUAUGUCAUAGUUAACUCAAAAUU